UUCCAACACACUCCCACCAAUUUCCCCCCUCUCUCCUCUCUCUCUACUCUUCUGCGUUUCUCCACAGUCGCAAAAAGCGACAACUUUUGAAAUUCACGCAAUCUCGCCACACCCUCGACGCCGGUUGUUCUGCUUUCAAACCCAGGCUGCCUCACUAUUGUGGAAUCGCAAUUUCCUGAAACGGCGGAGCCAAGCCUAAUUCGGUUGGCUAUGGUGAUUGAUUUCGAUUGCGUUGGACUCAGAUAGGCGAAUUGGUUGGCUGAGAGUGCAAAUAGGGGACUGGCGGCGUGUUCUAUGGGGAAAGUGGGGGUAGCCUUGGCGGCGGCGUGUGCGGCGGCGGCCUGCGUCACGGCGGCGGUGAUGGUGAGACGGCGGAUGAGGCGGAGGCGGGGGUGGAGGAAGGUGGUCACGCUGCUGGAGGAGCUGGAGGAGGGAUGCGCCACCCCUGUAGGGCGCUUGCGCCAGGUUGUCGAUGCUAUGGCGGUUGAGAUGCACGCUGGCCUCGCCUCUGAGGGCGGCUCCAAGCUUAAGAUGCUUCUCACAUAUGUGCAUAAUCUUCCCACUGGGACGGAGAAAGGGAUAUAUUAUGCUCUAGAUCUUGGUGGUACUAAUUUCCGAGUCUUGCGGGUUAAGUUAGGAGGCCAGAGAUCUACUAUAAUUGAACACAAUGUUGAGCGACAACCCAUUCCACAACAUUUAAUGACAAGCACAACUGAGGAGCUUUUUGAUUUCAUUGCAACAAAAUUAAAGGAUUUUGUUGAAAGGGAAGAAAAUGUCUCUGAGCCUUCGGUAGAGGAAACACGAGAACUUGGCUUCACAUUUUCGUUUCCUGUGAAACAAAAUUCUUCAUCGACGGGGACUUUACUAAAAUGGACCAAAGGAUUCUCUAUUCAAGACAUGGUUGGUCGAGAUGUGUCUCAGUGCUUACAGGAGGCAAUGUCUCGAAAUGGCCUGAAUAUGCGAGUGGCUGCUCUGGUAAACGACACUGUAGGAACGUUGGCUCUUGGACAUUAUCAUGAUCAAGACACUGUAGCUUCUGUGAUUUUUGGAACAGGCACCAAUGCCUGUUAUUUGGAGCGUGCAGAUGCCAUUAUUAAAUGCCAAGGCCUGCUUUCAACGUCAGGAGCCAUGGUUGUCAACAUGGAAUGGGGAAACUUUUGGUCAUCUCAUUUGCCAAGAACAUCAUAUGAUGUUGACUUGGAUUGUGAAAGUCCCAACCCAAAUGAUCAGGGAUUUGAGAAAAUGAUCUCAGGAAUGUAUCUAGGAGACAUUGUCCGAAGAGUAGUUCUUCGGAUGUCUCAGGAAUCGGAUGUUUUUGGACCCGUUUCUUCCGGAUUACUUGUUCCUUUCAUCUUGAGGACACCCAUGAUUGCCGCGAUGCAUGAGGAUGAUUCCCCAAACUUGAUGGAGGUUGCAAGGAUAUUAAGAGACACUCUGCAGAUCCCUGAUGUUCCUCUUAAUGUUCGGAAGCUUGUUGUAAAAGUGUGUGAUGUGGUAACUCGCAGAGCAGCGAGAUUGGCUGCUGCAGGUAUUGUAGGAUUAUUAAAGAAGAUUGGGUGGGACAGGAAUGGUGGAACUGCGAGUAGUAGUAAAGCUAAAGGUGGAAGCCAGAGUAAGAUGAGACGAACAGUAGUAGCAGUCGAGGGGGGCUUGUAUACAAACUAUACAAUGUUCAGAGAGUAUCUAAAUGAAGCGAUGGGAGAAAUAUUAGGCGAAGACGUGGCUGAGAAUGUCUUAAUUAGAGUGAUGGACGACGGAUCAGGUAUUGGAGCAGCACUUCUUGCUGCAUCUCAUUCAGCUUCUUUGGCUAUUGAUAGCAUAUAGUUGCUUUAUGUACACAAGUAUAUGCCUUACAAAAUUAAAUAGCCCCUGUAAAUUUGUAGAAAUUAUAGAGUAGCUCAAAUGGUGAAGGGGAAAGGGUUGUGCAUAUGUGUCAUAGUAGGUCUAUCUCAUAGUUUUACAGUAUUCUCAAUUAUAGAAGGUAUUUGAGAAAUUCAUUUUAGAAUAUAAGAAAUUGUGGGAAUCUCAUUUGUGGUCCAGUCCAGUCUGUAAAAUAGGUAUAGGUAUGAAGAAUUGAGUUCAAUUCUAUUCAUUCAUUUAUUUAUUAUUAUAAAUUGAGCUGCUGCAUCUUUGACAUUAAUGAUAAAUUUGAUCAUAUGUGUUUCCUCUC